AUGAAGACGAUUCUUUCUUCCGAGACGAUGGACAUUCCAGAAGGCGUGAGCAUCAAGGUUCACGCUAAGGUGAUCGAGGUGGAGGGACCUCGUGGAAAAUUGGUGCGAGAUUUCAAACAUCUCAACCUCGAUUUUCAGCUCAUCACCGACGAGAAAGGGAAGAAGAAGCUGAAGGUUGACGCCUGGUUUGGGUCUCGCAAAACCUCCGCCGCUAUUCGUACCGCCCUCAGCCAUGUCGACAACCUCAUCACUGGCGUCACCAAGGGCUACCGCUACAAAAUGAGGUUCGUCUACGCUCACUUCCCCAUCAACGCCAGCAUAGCCAACAACAACAAGUCCAUCGAAAUCCGAAACUUCCUUGGCGAGAAGAAGGUGAGAAAAGUGGAUAUGCUUGACGGUGUGUCUGUUGUUCGAUCUGAAAAGGUGAAGGACGAGUUGGUUUUGGAUGGAAAUGAUAUAGAACUUGUUUCGAGGUCUUGUGCUCUCAUUAACCAGAAAUGCCAUGUUAAAAACAAGGAUAUUCGGAAGUUUCUUGAUGGUAUUUACGUCAGUGAGAAGGGAACAAUAGGAGGAAGAUUCACAUUUCAUGGUUACAAUUGCAAAGCAACGAAGAAACCAAACCAGAGUUCACAGCACUCGCCAUUCUCCUCCACAAAGAGGAAGAUUCACGUUUCAUGGCUGCAAAAUAGUGACACCAGAGAGGUACUGAUGCACGCUGCAAAGGUUGAGUUGUUGGAAUAUUCUAAGAGCCUCUUCAUAAGCAAGAACUUGUGCAGGCCACUAACUUUCUGCCACGAUGGCACCGUUGAUUCUCCCCCAACACUACUUGGUUCACCUCACUGA